AUGAAGUUCUUCAGGCGUAAUAAAGACAAGCGGAAGGCCAGCGGUGGUUCGGCCAUAGCGGCCGCCCUGCCGGGCUUCGGUUACAGCCCCAACAUCAAUCCAUCUCCCUCCUACGGUCACGGCCGGAACGAUUCAAAUGGUCCAUGGAGUACUCAGUACCGCCCCAUGGUGACGCGGCAGUCUGCCACGAUUCUAGCGAACCUCCCAGCCCCGAUCCUCGAACGCAUAUUCUUUUUUGUAUGCCCCCAUAGCAGGGAUACGAGCUACGAGACUUGCGAAGCCAGCUCGGUCGAAGAUGCUUGCAUGCUGUGCGACUUGCGCGAUCUGGCGCAUUGUGUCGCUGUGUGCAAGAGGUGGAGGAGAGAGGGCGUCAAUCUUCUAUACUAUAGCAUCCGCCUCGACCAGGUGCAUUACUGCGACCGCGAGGCAGAGUUAGCCGAAGCCCGCAAGCGUAAAGCCCGAUUUGAUCGCAAUGGAGAACCGGAGGAUACGGCACAGGCGCGCCUCAGACUGCUAUGCCGCACUCUCCGCGAUGAUCCCGUGCGGCUAGGAAGGAUCGUGGAAUUCUUCAAGACGCCUUAUAUGCUGCGAGAAUCCUGCCGGGCCGAUCUGGCGCGGACGAUAGCUGUGACGCCAAACCUCAAAUAUGUCGAUUUGCCCGAAGGCCUGUUUGCAGAUGAUCCGGCCUUCGUGACCCUCCGGCUCGAAGUACAAGCGCGAUUGCUUCACCUACGAAAGAUGACAUAUAUGGCCGGUGCAGAGCACAGUCUGCAGAUGCUGGCCACCGGAAAAGUGUGGCCUAACCUGGAGGUAUUGGAGCUGGUACGCGUAGAAGUCGACCCGGCAAUCCUACGCCGGGUGCUUGCUUGCUUGGGGAACUUGCGCGCCCUGAAGAUUAACGACACACCCUGCGUCACCGAUGAGACUUUGGCGUGGAACGACAUGUUGCCUCCGUUUCCCCCAGUUGAAGAGCUUAUCCUUACCAACGUUCCCAAUGUCACCACAGAAGGCUUGAGGGGCUGGUUAAUGGACCCGAACGCGCAGAGCAGACUACGAGUGCUUACCCUGAACGGUACAGGCGUAUACCCUUGGGCCUUGCAGGAGUUCUUGCCGUAUGCUCCAAAGCUUAAGCACCUUUCCGUGAUCGACACUGUCACCCAAGCCGUGCCGUCCGCCAACGGUCAAUACUUUGCACAGACUCUUAGCUCGACAAGUAUCCAGACCUUUCACUACGAGAUCACCGCGGCCUCGUCGACUCCCAAGUACUCCAGCAUUACGUCUAGCUAUUACAGCUUUCUGGCUACUUCCUUACUGACAGGCGGACUACCAAACCUACGGGCACUCUAUGUGCGAGACCCGAACUUCCCCGACCUCUUACUCGGUCUCCCCUCACCUUCCCCCGGCUUUGCUGGAGCCGGUAUGGGACGCCCUUCCAGUAGCAGCUCGAAUCGCGGUUUUGGACCUGGUGCUGGUGGUAGCUUUCAUGCACACCAAGGCAGUUUAUCCAGCUUUGCUCCUCCCACCGCCCCUUUCGUGCCCGGCCAUCGUCAAUUUGGGUCCGUAUCUUCCGUCAACAGCUUCUCGGGUUUCAUGCAGGCGGGAGGCGGCAAACAACCGCCUACCAACCGUCGCUUCAGCAGCAACAACCCCUUUGCCAACUUGGUAGCCCCAUCCCCCGCAGGACCAGGCAGUUUUGCAAACCUCCCUGCCAAGCUCGAGGUGUUCACCAAAGGCGACGACGAUACCACCUGGUCCUUUGUAAAGGUCGGCGGUGGACACUCUGGCGCGAAUGAGAGACGACAGAGCGCCUUUGGGCUGGACGCGGAUGCCAUGGGCAGCGCUGGUGCGAGGAGGAGCGUGCUGAUCGGUGGUGCCGGGGCUGGCGGUGGCUUCUUGGCCUUGCCGGCUGAAGAUCCUGGCAGAAGCAAUAGGGGAGGGAGUAUGGAUAGGGGGACUGGGUUUGGCGGUGAUUCGGGUGGGGAUGAGGAGUUGUGGCCUAGGCCGAAGAGCAGUGCCGGGGAGAAGAAGAAGGAGAAGCAGGAUUUGUGGCGUUAA